CGCGACCCGCCGGCAUCGUACGGCACCCCGAGCCCCGCAGCACCCUCCCGCGCUCCGAGACCGCCCUCUCCCGGCUAUGACAGCAGUCCUUCCACUUCUCCUAAGCGUUGCGUAGCCAGCCUCAGCUCGAGUCCAUGGGACAUUUCCGUGACAAUUUUUGCAGACCUCGCCGUACUGAAAGACAGCUUCUAUAUGCUUGCCAUCCUCCCUGCAAGCCUAUCCGUUUUCUUCUGAUAUGGUCUAUAAAGUCCCUGCAGCCCUCUAGCAUUACUGGCAACCCAUCUCAUGUAGGCUCAUGUGCUCCCCACAAAUGCAGAAUAAUUUAUCACUUGAUUGUGACAUUCCUUCACUCCCAACCCCCGUAUCAUCAUUUCUAUAAUAUCAUACUUCCAGCACUCUCAGAAAGACCACAAGAAUGUAGCCACUUACCUAGAUACUGCUACAACCUGUCCUACAGCCCUUAAUGUCCAAAAAUUCUAUUCCUUUUUUUUUUUUUCUCCCUCUUCCUGCAAUCCUGGAUAGUUUAGAGAUUCUUCUCUAAACUUAAAAGACAUGCUUCAUAACUCUUGUGUCAUUACAUCCCCCAUGUACCAAUUUAAGCAACUGAGAAUGAAAAGAUGCCCUUUAAUCCUCUCUCUAAUCCUUUCCUUUCCCUAUAUCUUCAGUUCCCCUGUAGCCUGUUACACGUCCUGUACCCUUUUGGAGACCUCUGGGAACCCUAAGGUUCUUCUGCAAAGCCCCUGUAUACUCCUUCCUCUGCAAAUACUCCAUAACUUUAGCGACGUAAUGAACUUGCUAAAUUGGCUAAUAGAUACAUAAACUGAGACAGGAGGAAGUGCUGUCUUACGUCCUUUGACAAAUGCCACAGUAGUGCCCAGUCUGGCAUGAUUUUGAUAUCCUGUGGAAAGUGCUAUCGGACUUCCUAACUAGCUUCUAUGCCCUGCAUGCUAAUGAAGGACUGUCUCAUUAACACCUAAGUAACCUUCAAAGACCCCAGACUGUCUCAACACAAAGCGUCGUCGUAGACCUAUACGAAGGCGUGAUGGGACUUUUAACUACAGUCCAGAUGUUUAUUGUACAAAAUAUGAUGAGACUACAGGAAUCUGCCCAGAUGGAGAUGAGGGAUACAGAAAGGAAGUAUCAUCUCAGAUAUUACAAGACUGGAACAUGCAUUCAUGAAACAGAUGCCCGGGGUCACUGUGUGAAGAAUGGAAUUCACUGUGCCUUUGCUCAUGGUCCACAUGACCUUAGACCACCAGUAUAUGAUAUAAGAGAACUUCAGGCACAGGAAACCUUGCAGAAUGGGCAGCUAGGAUGCGGUGAAGGCAUUCCAGAUCUGCAACCAGGAAUUUUAGCAAGCCAGGCAAUGAUUGAGAAGAUCCUUAGUGAAGAUCCAAGAUGGCAGGACACAAAUUUUGUAUUAGCUGGCUACAAGACAGAACAAUGUACCAAGCCACCCAGACUCUGCCGCCAGGGUUAUGCAUGUCCACACUAUCACAAUAGUCGAGAUAGAAGACGAAAUCCCAGAAAAUUCAAAUACAGGUCCACUCCUUGCCCCAAUGUAAAACAUGCAGAUGAAUGGGGUGAACCUUCAAGGUGUGAAAGUGGGGAUAGCUGUCAAUAUUGUCAUUCUCGUACAGAGCAGCAGUUUCAUCCUGAGAUAUAUAAAUCUACAAAGUGCAAUGACAUGCGGCAAACAGGUUACUGCCCACGUGGUCCAUUUUGUGCGUUUGCACAUGUUGAAAAGGACACCAUGAAUGUAGUCAUACUGCAAACUGGUUGUCAAUCAAAGCCAGGCGCUCACCUGUUUUCAACAGACAGCAUAGGAAUUGCAAAUGAAUGGAGCAGCAGUCUUAACUCCACAAACAGCAUUACAAAUAGCAGUGGGCAGUCUGGAAAUAUUUCCUGUUCUUCAAGUCCAACUGUAACAUCAAGUUCUGGUAGCAGUAGUUCUUUAUCACCCCUUGGACCUCUUUGUAGACAGAGAUCAUUAGCAAAUGGCGUUCUGUGUUCUGAGUCUAGCACAUCAGGUGUUUCUUCACCAACAUCUAGCUAUCCAAAAGCACCAGGCUUUGAACGAGAAGAUCAGGCAAAGCAUCGAAGCUUCCCAGCUGAGAAUCAGCAGAAAAUAAAUGAACAAGACAACAAGCAGAACCAUCUCAGUGUUUUUUCAGCGGUUAACCCACUUGCUUCAAGUAUAACUUCCAGUCUGGCCUCCAGUGUUGGAUCAGAUAGUUCAUCUCCUACAACUGUCUCUGCUAUCAGUGCCAAAGCUCUCCCAUUCUAUUCUGGCAGUAACACAGUUGAAUCGGUAAUAGGUUCUGCUUUAGAUUUGCAUUUUAAUGAUGUGAACGUCGCAUCCAUAGAUAGAGAAUUAGAAGAUCAAGAAGGCAGUGACCUUGGAUUAGCAAGUCAAAGAUUACUGGGAAGUUCAGCACCUGUCAAUAUUCCAGGUUCUCUUGUUCGUUCCUCAUCUUUACAUUCUUCAUCAUCCCUUUCAACCUCUCCACUCAGUUCUCUUUCACAAUCGCUGUCUCAGUCUUUUCUUUCAUCCACUACGGCUCCUCACCACCAGCAGCUUCAGCCUUUGAAGACAGAACAUAGUAUGUUAGGCACCUCAGCCUCUUCUCACAACUCUUUAGGUUUAAAUGGUGUUACAGGGAGCAUCUGGGACUUUGUAACAGGGAGUUUCUCUCCUAGUCCAUCCCCAGUACUAAGCAGUGGCACUACCCCCUCAAUAAGUUCAAACACCAGUGGGAAUGAACUAAAUCGAGUUAGACAGGAACUUGAUGAUGCCAAGAGAAAACUAAAACAAUGGGAAGAAUCUUGGCAACAAGUAAAACAGGCAUGUGAUGCAUGGCAGAAAGAGGCUCAAGAAGCAAAAGAACGUGCUAACAUCGCAGAUGCAGACAAACAACUCGCUCUUCAGAAGAAGGAGGAAGUGGAACAUAAAUUAAAAAAGCUGAAGGUGCAAUUAGCUGCUUGUCUAUCUACUACAUUACCUUAUAUGAAAAACUAUGGAGAUAUAGAAAAGAUAUCCUUGCCAAAACUUCGUUCCUUACAAAAUCGGCUGCACUUAGAUUUAGAAACAAUAGAUGAGGUGAUUUUUCAGCUUCAGUCAAAGAAGUGUAUCGUAUGUCAGGAAGGUGAUGGUAGUAUUAUCCUGAAUCCAUGUCAACAUUAUGUACUUUGUGAUCACUGUGCAGCUGCACAAGAAGAAUGUCCCUGCUGCAAGAAAAAAAAAAAUCUGUGGUAGCAUACAGGCAUAAUACUCAUAUCAUGUUUAUGAAUUAAAUAAUUUUUGUUUUGUAUUUUGUAUAAGAAUUGUAUCACUCAUAAUUAAUUCAUUUAAUAGUGCUAGACUGAUUUCCAUUUUGAUGUGCGAAACUUAGUUGCUUUAAGAUAGAGAAUAAGGCUUGCUCACCUUUACCUAUCAACUUCAGUCAUUUGAUGAGGUUCUAUAGUCUUGAGGUUCUUUCAUUACCCUCCAAUCCCAUCACAGCCUUUUCUGACUUCCACUUGCACUCCUAGUGCACAAGCUACUUAGGUUCAUUUGCACUGUAAUCACUUUGUAUAAAUGUUACCAUAAUGCCUGAAUGAAGUGUUUAUACCUGUUAUUUUCAUUAACAGAAGAUGGAUACAUAGGUACAGUAACUACACACUCAACAGUACAAAUGGUCCCUUUGCCAUGUCUGUUGUGUGUGGAAUGCCAGAGCCAGUAUUUUGGAAUUGGUCUAACACUAUGUUUACUUGGAUGUUUGAAAAACUCUGAUUAAUAUAAAAGCACUUUUUAAUUAUUGUGUUUUGUUAGAAGAUCUGUUGUAAAUUGCUUCAAGCUGCUUUCUAGGUCUUAUGUUUAUUUUUUAAUAUGCAAUAAUGAGUUAUGUGUACUGUGAAUUUAAAAUAUUUCACAUGGUUUUACUGUUAGAUGACAAUAUGAUUAAAUAGAAAUGACAACUUACCUAGUUUUUUUUACAAUUUAUAAGUUAACUGCAUACUGUAGUAUUUAUAAAUGUACCAGCGGAGACAAAAACAGUGAGGCACGUAUGCUUUCAUAUUCAAAGACAUGUUUUUAAUUUUGUGAAACAGAUCAGUUUUAGUAAACAACUGUGCAUUUGCAUAUUUCCCUCAGUUUGGAUGUUUGUAGUCUUAAAGUUUUUGUACAUCUCCUAACCUGUGUGGUACUCACUGGGAGCAGAUAUGAUAUAUAUAUAAUAUUACCUAGUGCCUAUGCCCAAUAUCCUAUAAAAUGGCAGAAAACAUAAAAGAAGAAUUUUGCAAAUAAUUUCUAUUGCUUAAUUUUGUAUUGAACAAUUUCACAAUAACUAGAAUACAUCUCUUGCUUUUAUAAAUAUUUUAAAAUACACUUUUUUCAGUAAUGAAGUAAUGCAUGUUUGAAAGGAACUACAAAAUUAUUUAAGUAUGUAAUCAGGCAGUGGCACUUUGACACAGUGAUUCUUUUAAAAGGUGGUAAUAUCCUUGCUUCAUCCUGGUAGGUGGGAACAUGCAAUUCAACAGGAGAAGUUAAUUAAUUACUGCAUGUUAAUACUGUAUAUUUUUACUUUUCUUACAUGGAAUAAUUGCCUGCGUUACUCCUUUUUCUGUUAAAUUCAGGUGUGACACUAGUACAACUUAGAUUGAAAUGACCUACUACUGUGUUACAUGAUUUGUAUCUCCGUAUUACUGUAUUGAGUACAAAAAGUGAGUUCACACAGGCAGCAAAGAGUUAAUCUAUUUAAAUUUCAGUCAUGCUAAAACAAAAAAAAAGAUGUAUACUAAAAUUCUUAUUGUCGAAAUAGAGCUUUUAGAACUGUGUCAGCAUUAAAUAAAGGGCCCAAGCCAACAGUACUGAAAUCACUAUCUCCUUUGGGUUUUAGCGUUCUUUGUACAAAGGCUUGAGUUAGCAAAAAAUCAUUACACAUUUUCUGUAAGAACUAAACGUACAGACUUGUCGCUGCUUUCCUAAGACACAUCGAUCUGCAGGAAUGUUGGAGACCUUUUGGGAAGGGAGAAGUAGGAUAAAAUAUUAAGUACAUUUCUACUUGCCUCUGUUUCAAAAUUUUGUCUGAAGAUCACUUUAAAGACCAAAGUUGGGCUUAAUAAUGUGAUUUUGUUGACUUUAACACAGUUUCUCUAAAACGUUUGUACCGAGAAAAGUAUAAAAUUGGACUGUAUUUGCAUUUUCAAACACACUUUUCUGUCCUAAAAUAAGGUACUGCCAUUUUAAAGGUGUAGCCAGCUUUAGACUUUUUAAAAAAGGAACUCGGAUCACCAAGUUUGGCUGUAGGUAUAAAUGUAUUUUUUACAUCUGUGCAGUCUAUGACAAAGACUGAUUUUUGAACCUUAACAGUAUUUUGGACUAAAGCAAACUUAGUUAUGUAAGGGUUGUUGGGUUGUUUUUUUUUUUUAAACAGUGAGUAAAUCAAAGAAUAAUGUGUUAAUUAUAGUUUGAAAUUACGCUACAUAUUUUUCAAACAAGAAGUUAUUUUGGACACCGGUUUACUAUAUUCAUUUAGUGUGGAACAGCAUUCUGCAACCAUUGUGCUCACAAAAAUGUUUAGAAAUAUCUUAGUGAAAAUUUUUGCUUUGGUAUUUUAGAAGAAACCAGCUUAGGCCAUAUGCAGCUAUGUGACAUUUGUUACCCACGAGAUACAGAAGCGUGGUUUUGUGCUGUCUUGUCAAAGUUUAUAGUUCUUCAUGUGUAUUUUAGUGCAUUUGCCUAUGUCCUAGGGCUAUUUUUUGGUCCCUUUUUCUUUGGUAGUAACAGGCGAUUUUCCUAAUCUCAUGACACCAACAAAAAAGGAACAUAAACAGCACUUGCAGUGUGAAUCAUCAGAUUGACAUUCAUAGUUUAUAUGUGCUGCAUUUUUAGAGGAAAUUAACUAAUAUGUUUAGUCUGUUGCUUUUUAAAGUUGUAUGUUUUGUGUUUUACAGUGAUGAAUCUUGAAAAAAUAAUGAUGUGUGUCCUAUAGUAGUAUCAGUACUGAAAAUUUUGCAGGCGUUCCCUGUAGGUUUCUUUGGUGCUGAGUUACAGACACAUUUAAAAACUAUCAACAAACCAUUUUGUGGAGAAACAAAAAACACAUACCAAAGAAACAUACCUAUGUGUCAAAUUCUCAGACUGGGCAGCUUGCUAUAAUUGUAGACGAAUCCUUAGGUAAUCACUUGAACCAUACAUAGCAAUUAUAUGGAAAUAAUACAGUUGUUCUUCACAAAAUUCUUUUUGUGAGGAAUUACAAGCAAAGUUUUCUGUAUCUUACUAAAGCAAGUCAACUGCAAAUACAAAUAAAUACGUACUUUUACACCAGUACUUUAAAAUGGAGGAUAACGGAAUAUAUGCAGUUGACUAGAGAGGACUAUUUGGAAGAAGUCAGAAGUGAAACCUGACCUUUUUAAGUAUUCGUCCUUGUACUAUAUACGCUAUCUAGAAACUGGAUACAUUAAAAUUAUAUUUUAGCGAGACUACAGUACGGUAAUUUGCUGAAUUCACAAAAUACAUAAAAGCAAACUAAAUAGAUUUUCAAGAUUCAUUUUGGUAUUUGACAAAGUUCUGCGUUAAUUUAUGUAAGAAUAUAAUUUUUAAUGUGAAUGCUGUUAUGUUGUCACAAUUAUUUUAGCCUGGGGAAUAAUAGAUUAAAAUUGUGAUUUCUCAGGGUUUUUACAGUUAGGAGCUGUAAUUUAACCGGAAGUAUGCUAAUUACAGAUAGAUCCCAAGCUGCAUGUUAUAGGCUUAUUAUUAGUCUUCUUUGAAUAGCAGAUUAUUAAAGACAUACUUGUUUUGUUCUAUAUUGCCAUUCAGAGUAUCCUAGUAUUAAAUAUAGGUAGUAAUAUUAUGACUGUCACACUAUGCUUGUGUAACUGUGGUCAUCAUCAGACCCUAAAUAAAUACGGAAUUUUUACUCAUAUUAAUUUAUGUAAGCCAUUAAUUUUUUGAGUGUACAGACAGAAAUGAUUUUGUGAAUGAAAUUGUUCUUAAUACAAAACAUAUUAUUUAUAAUGCAUACUCAUUUACUUGCAGUGAACUGUUUAAAAUUGUUAACACGUUAAAACUUUUCUACACUAUAGCGUUUAUGCAAUGGUUUACAGAAGUCAUGGAAUUAUUUUUAUUACCAACAUGGAAAUAAAAUUUUGAUCUUUAUUUCUGAGCUAUACUGUGUUUAAAGACUCGAAAAUUUACAGAUAUGUUUUCCUCUGCAAUCUAAUUAUGGCAUUCCUAAUCAUUUCAG